GGGUGUGGGCUCACACUCUCACUUGCACCAGCAUCCAGAGAAGGGGUGCAGGCUGAGGAGCUGCCCAGAGCACUGCUCAUACUCCCAGAGUACCUGAAGUCAGCGUCCCAAUGAUGGGUGACAAGGGUCCCCAGAGGCUGAGCAGGUCCAGCUAUGGCUCCAUCUCAAGCCCCACCAGCCCAGGACCACAGCAAGUGCCUCCCAGAGAGACCUACCUGAGUGAGAAGAUCCCCAUCCCGGACAUGAAACCGGGCACCUUCAGCCUGCGAAAGCUGUGGGCCUUCACGGGGCCCGGCUUCCUCAUGAGCAUUGCUUUCCUGGACCCAGGAAACAUCGAGUCGGAUCUUCAGGCUGGCGCCGUGGCUGGAUUCAAACUUCUCUGGGUGCUGCUCUGGGCCACAGUGUUGGGCCUGCUCUGCCAGCGACUGGCUGCACGUCUGGGCGUGGUGACAGGCAAGGACUUGGGUGAGAUCUGCCAUCUCUACUACCCUAAGGUGCCCCGCACCCUCCUCUGGCUGACCAUCGAGCUAGCCAUUGUGGGCUCCGACAUGCAGGAAGUCAUCGGCACAGCCAUUGCAUUCAAUCUGCUCUCAGCUGGACGAAUCCCGCUCUGGGGUGGCGUCCUCAUCACCAUUGUGGACACCUUCUUCUUCCUCUUCCUCGAUAACUAUGGGUUGCGGAAGCUGGAAGCUUUUUUUGGACUGCUUAUAACCAUUAUGGCCUUGACCUUUGGCUAUGAGUAUGUGGUGGCGCGUCCUGCGCAGGGAGCGCUUCUUAAGGGUCUGUUCCUGCCUUUGUGCCCGGGCUGCGGCCACCCCGAGCUGCUGCAGGCGGUGGGCAUUGUUGGCGCCAUCAUCAUGCCCCACAACAUCUACCUGCACUCGGCCCUGGUCAAGUCUCGAGAGAUAGACCGGGCCCGCCGCGUGGACAUCCGAGAAGCCAACAUGUACUUCCUGAUUGAGGCCACCGCUGCCCUGUCUGUCUCCUUUCUCAUCAACCUCUUUGUCAUGGCUGUCUUUGGGCAGGCCUUCUACCAGCAAACCAACCAGGCUGCGUUCAACAUCUGUGCCAACAGCAGCCUUCACGACUACGCCAAGAUCUUCCCCAUGAACAACGCCACCGUGGCCGUGGACAUUUACCAGGGGGGCGUGAUCCUGGGCUGCCUGUUUGGCCCCGCGGCCCUCUACAUCUGGGCCAUAGGUCUCCUGGCGGCCGGGCAGAGCUCCACCAUGACCGGCACCUACGCGGGACAGUUCGUGAUGGAGGGCUUCCUGAAGCUGCGGUGGUCACGCUUCGCCCGUGUCCUCCUCACCCGCUCCUGUGCCAUCCUGCCCACCGUGCUUGUAGCUGUCUUUCGGGACCUGAGGGACUUGUCGGGCCUCAAUGAUCUGCUCAACGUGCUGCAGAGCCUGCUGCUCCCUUUCGCCGUGCUGCCCAUCUUCACGUUCACCAGCAUGCCCACCCUCAUGCAGGAGUUUGUCAAUGGCCCGCUGAGCAAGGCCGUCACCGCCUCCAUCAUGGCGCUAGUCUGUGCCAUCAACCUCUACUUCGUGAUCAGCUACCUGCCCAGCCUGCCACACCCUGCCUACUUCGGCCUUGUGGCCCUGCUAGCCACAGCCUACCUGGGCCUUACCACCUACCUGGUCUGGACCUGUUGCCUUGCCCACGGAACCACCUUUCUGGCCCACAGCUCCCACCACCACUUCCUGUAUGGGCUCCUUGAAGAGGACCGGGAAGGGGAGACCUCUGGCUAGGCCCACACCUGGAACCUGGCUGGGAGUGGCAUGGAUGGCACGACUGGCCUGUGGGAUGUGGAGGGGGCGCGUGCAGGCAGCGGGAUGGAGUAGGGCACUUCCCAAGGCUGGUCAACCUGGGGAGCCUCAGGGACCUGCUGUUUCCUAGCAUAGCCAUGUGAUUACUCUCUGGGUCUCAGUGUCCUCAUCUGUAAAAUGGAGACACUGCCACCCUUGCCAUGGAGGUUAAGCACUUUAAACAUAGGACCUGGCACUUGGAGCCAAAAAAAAAAAAAAAAAAAAAUUCAAAAGGUAUUUAUUCAGCGAUCUGACAGCCAAAGGGCAGGUGGGAUGGGGACUGAGGGACUUGGAGGCUUGGGCGGGACACAGGUUCCAAACUAGAGCUUGAAAUAGAGUCUGAUGAAUGUUAAGUAUUUUAUUUAUUUAUUUAUUUUUAUUUAUUUGAGACAGGGAAAGGGUCUCCCUCUGUGGCCCAGGCUGGAGCUUGGCAAUGGCGCGAUCUCGGCUCAUUGCAACCUCCGACUCCUGGGUUCAAACAAUUCUCAUGACUCAGCCCCGGGAGUGGCGUGCGCCACCAGGCCCAGCUAAUUUUUGUAUUUUUAGUAGAGACGGGUUUUGCCAUGCUGGCCAGGCUGGUUUCGAACUGCUGGAUUCCAGUGAUCCGCCCACCUCCGCCUCCCAAAGUGCUGGGAAUUAGAUGCACGAGCCACCACACCCGGCAUGAUGAAAGUUAAAUACUAGUUCGCUUCUCAUCCAAAGGAGCAGGGGACGGGAAUCCGGAAGGCACCAAGUCCCUAAAGCAUUCAGAAGACCCCUAUGCCUGGGUCUGGUCCGCACCUAUUCGCCGCAGCCUUUCUGUUCCGCCUGCAACCCAUUUUCCAGACAGCAAAACGGAGGUGCGCUUCUUUCUCCGGCACCAGAUCGUAAGGAACUCAAGAGUCCGUGCCUCUGAGGCCCAAGUUUUUUGCCAUUUCCUUAGGGGACCUGGCGGCUGCGACUCCCACGCCGCGCGGUUACCGCUCUGUCUCCUCUGACUGCUCCUCCUAGGGGUAGAGACGAUACCGACGCAGGCCCUCCCGCCUUGGCCUCACCCCUCCCGCCAGGCGAAACGACGCGGGGAGGCGGGAGCUUGGGGUUCGCGCCCAGGGGCCCCAGAAGCCUCCGGGGAGAGUGGGUGCGGGGAAGCUGUGUGGGCAGAGAGACCCCUCUGCCUUAGGGAGCGGCUGGGCAUCCCUUCGCGCCAUUCAAGGGCUGCACUUUAUAGACACUCCCUAGGCUGUUUCUAGGCUCCCCCAAGUCCCUCCUCCAACCUUCUUGGGUCCCUCGGACCCCAGCCCUAGAUCCGCGGAGUGCGGCAGCUAGGAGUGGCCAGCGGGCCUUUCCCCAGAGUUGAACUUGGGCCGGGUGCUGCACCUAGAGGAACCCCCGAUUUCCCAGGGACCCAGCAGGGUAGGCGGCUUGGCUCCGCGUUCCGGUCCGGACGCUUGUUUAUGAGAAGAAUUUCCUCUUUCUUAAAAGGGCAACGAUGCGAGUGGGUCCCUCAAGGAGAGAAGGGAUGGGACCGGUCUGGCGCGACCUGAGCCAGUGCUGCAGAGGGUACCUGGGCAAGAGGGUGGCCCGCCUCCUUCUCUGGGGUUGGCACUGGAGAUGGGUGCCAGUUGAAGAUGAAUGGGGGGCGUGCAGCGAAGAAAGGCAUCUCCCAGAUCCUUCAGCCUCCUGGAAAUGCCCCAGUUGUACUCUCUACACACUCCUCUCAUGAAUUCACUUGGCAUUGAGUGCCAGUCCUUAGCCAGGCCCUGUGUUACAAGUAGGGGAGGGAGGCAAAGUCCCGAAUUAAAGGUGUCAGCUCUCAAGG